AUGUCAGUUGCAAAGAGGAUUCGUGAAGCAAAAGAUUUCGCAGAGUUAUGCUGGAUCUUUGGCUACGUGCACGAGGAACACGUCGUCACCACCGAGGAUGGAUACAUGCUGACUUUGCACCGGAUACUGCCUAAGUCUGUUGAGGGAUCUGCUAAGGAUGCAACCCGCCCCACUAUCUAUCUUCAACACGGACUGUUAACUAGCAGCGAGCUGUUUGUCUGCGUGACGGACGCCAAUCGCUGCCUACCCUUCGUGCUCACUGAACAUGGGUACGAUGUCUGGCUGGGAAACAAUAGAGGGAACAAGUACUCUCAAAACCAUAUUGGCAAGAAAGCCAAGUCGUCAAAUUUUUGGGACUUCUCAAUCGACGACUUCGCGCGUUAUGAUAUCCCCAAUUCCAUCGACUUUAUACUGGAUCAUACAAAAGCCGAGAAGCUUAGCUACAUUGGAUUUAGUCAAGGCACUGCACAGGCGUUCGCAGCACUAAGCCUGCAUCCCGAACUCAAUGACAAAAUUGGCGUUUUUGUUGCGCUUGCUCCGAUAAUGAGGCCACCAGGUUAUGCUACACCCAUCUUGGAUUACGUUAUAAAACAUUUUCCAUCCACUCUCUUCCAUGUAUUCGGCAGGAAAUCCAUGCUAUCCUCUGUUGUUUACUGGCAAUCCGUAUUACCCACCGCCAUCCUCGGAAAGGUCAUCGAUAUCUCCCUUAUCUUCCUCUUCAACUACCAUAGCCGCAAUAUCACAAAAGUCCAAAAGGUGGCGGGAUACGCACACAUCUACUGUUAUUCGUCAGUCAAGGCAGUCGUUCACUGGUCUCAAAUUAUGCGGAACUCCGCUUUCCACAUGUACGAGGAGGACAGGAGGGCGAGCUCGCCCGUUGCACAUGCGAGUCUUGAGAGGUUUCAGAGGUUUCCUACCGACCAGAUCAAGACUUCCAUGGUGCUUAUUUAUGGAGACCAGGAUACCCUAAUAGAUAUCUCCACACUAAUGGAACAAUUACCCGACAACGUUUCCGUUCAUAAACUUGAGGGCUACGAGCACCUCGACAUUCUCUGGGGGAAAGAUGUUCACUUAGAUGUCAUACCCACAGUGUUAGAGGCCCUGAAGCCGUAA